UAUACAUUCUUCGUUCUGGCAACAAGUGCAUCAUCGCGAGAGUGACGUAUGAACGGCAGAAGAGACGAAAACGAAAGAAAAGCCUUUCUGUGCCGUUGUUAUCUUCUAUCGUACUUGAAGAAUGGAGACAAACGGCCAGGCUAAUGGGCUUAAAUCAAAAAAGAAAGAAAACGGAGACGUCAAGGACAACCUAUGGUCUUCGAUAUUAGAAGAGGUUCAGAACCAAGGGAACACAAAACUACCUUCAAACAAAAAUGUUUUAGUUUUGGGUGACAAUGAGACUGGUAAAACUACAUUGGUAGCGAAAUUACAAGGAGUAGAAGACCCUAAGAAGGGUUCCGCACUCGAAUAUGCGUAUAUAGACGUUAGAGAUGAAUACAGAGAUGAUCAAACACGUCUCAGUGUAUGGGUGCUGGAUGGAGAUCCAGGGCACACGAACCUCCUCAAGUUUGCCCUCAACGAGGAGACAUUCCCUCACACGCUGGUACUCCUCACGGUUGCCAUGACAACGCCGUGGGGUAUACUAGACCAGUUGCAGAGCUGGGCAUCCGUGCUCGGUGACCACAUAGACAAAUUAGAUCUCACACCAGAACAAAGGUUACAAAGUAAAAAGCAACAAGUACAGAAAUGGCAGAGGUAUACGGAGCCAGGAGACGAGCUGGAGCCCACAGCCUCGUCCCCCAUGAAGAGGUCCUCGCGAAACCUUUCGGAUGACUUCGAAAACGGGGAUGAUGACGACAGCCCCCUACCAGAAGGAGUACUUACUACUAAUCUAGGUCUUGAUAUUGUAGUUGUGGCAACUAAGACUGACUACAUGAGCACCCUAGAGAAGGAACACGAUUAUCGCGACGAGAAUUUUGACUUCAUGCAGCAGUGGAUCCGAAGGUUCUGUCUUCAGUAUGGAGCUGCCUUGUUCUAUACCAGCGCCAAGGAAGACAAGAACUGCGACCUGCUAUACAAGUACCUUACUCAUAGGAUAUAUGGCCUGCCUUUUAGGACGCCUGCUCUUAUUGUGGAAAAGGAUGCCGUUUUGAUACCGGCUGGCUGGGACAGCAUGAAGAAAAUUAGUAUAUUGUACGAGAACAUGCAGACGUGUAAGCCAGACGAUUACUACAGAGACAUUAUCGUGCAGCCCGUUAUACGGAAAAGCGGUGCGAACCGCGAGGCGGAGGUCCAGGCGGAGGACGAGCAGGCCUUCCUGCAGCGGCAGCUGGCCGCGCUGCAGGCCGGCGCCCCCGCGCCCCGCGCCGACUCCCCGCUCCGGGCCACGCAGCGCUCCGCCGCACAGUUGGACGGCGCAAAGAUCGGCAUGGGUCCGGGCACGCCUGGCAACGAGGGUGUGCUGGCGAACUUCUUCAACUCGCUGCUGUACAAGAAGACAGGGUCCCCGGCGGGGCGCGGGGACGCGUCCCCCGCGGCGGCGGCGGCCCGCUCCGACGCGGCGGCCGAGCUGGACCGCCUCACCCGCGCCAAGCCGCGCCCCGCCGCGCCGCCGCCACCCAUCGACCUCAACUCCUCGUCUGACUGCUAGCGCAGUCUCUAGGUAGACGUAGUGCGGCUGAAGGUCCGUAGUGUCUUGGACGCCGCCGAUAUCUCCUCCACGCUGGCUUCUACUGCAGUCGUCGGCCACUUGGUAAGCAUCCGUUACACAAGAGAUUCCACGUGGCUCACAUCGGCGACUUACGUAUUCGGUUUAUACUUAACACGUGGUUAUACGGAUUUUUGAAAGAUUGCCUCAAAUAUUCCAACGUAUAUCUCCUUGCAAACGCAUAAUAAAUAGUGAUAAGUCUCAUUUAUUUUGAGGAUCUUUUGUCUUUAAGGCAGCGGCAGUGUUGCUCGCAAAUGUCGGAUAUUUAAGCGGCUAUGAUGUGACAUUUCAAAUGCGAUAUUCUGGUCGCUCAUUCAUCAGAUACUUGCGCAAAGUAAAGGAUGCGUGCAUUGCCUUAUAACAAAGGACAUUUUUCAACUGCUUUGCUAUUUCAAUUCAUCUGCACAGUACUUACCUUAGCUUACCGCCCCAUAAUCAAGUGAAUCUCUAGAUAAACGUAGAUACAACGAACCCGUAUAGUUUUCGUGUUAUAAACACGAAGAUAGAUAAAUAAACGUAGCUGUUAAUUUAUAAAGGCAGCUCUGAUGUGUCAGUCUUUCAAAAAACGUUGUAAAUGUCGGCGAGAGUUUUACACUGCGAUUAAUGUUGCCAAUUUACAUUUUUAUGUAAAAAAAAAGUAUUAAACGUGUUUACAAAAUGAAUUGUUAUGAAGUCUGUCUGUUGUUUACUUGAAUUUUCAAUAUAUUUUAUGUUUAUUGGUGAUUUCAAGCUCCGUAUCGUUUUGCGCUAAUUAAUUGUCAUGUUUGCGCAAAGUUGCGCAAAAUACAGUCAACUAGCUGUCAUAAUUGAGUUUAUUGUCUCGUUAUUAUAAGCAAUUAUAAUUUCAGUUACAAUGUAUUUCAUCCCUAAUCUUUUCGAGACAGACCGAUAAAAUAUUCUAUAUAAUAUCUAAAAGUAACAAGUAUUAUUAUCGCAGUAUGCAACUCUCUGUCGAUAUGCCACGUCAUAGAAUCGCCACGAUAACCAACCAUGGCGAUUAGUGAUUGUAUUAUGUAACGACAAUUUAGAUUUUAUAAUAAUUAAUAAUAUUGUAAAAUUAACUCGAAAGGGCUUGGGACAUUUUGGGUUUGAGAUUUGUUACCUAGAACUAUGAACUAUGUUCAGUAAAAUCUCGAUUUAAAAUAAAUCUAGUCGGGAAAUUAGUCGUUAUUAAGUUUAUUGGAAAUGUUGAGCCGAUAUCUAAACUAGGUUUUUGUUAAAUCGAAAUUUUGUUGAACCACACAACAAAGAAUGGUUAACAUAGAUUAUUAAUAUCUUGUUAAGUAAGACUCCUUUGAAUAAGACCCAUUACUCGAGUCGGACAAAGUAUUAUUGAGGUUUUAAUCGGUACUAAUAUGGAGUCUAAAUGACUCGCUCUCUAUUACAUGUGACUAAUAAAAGAAAGAAUUAAAUUGAGUAAACUUAAUAAAAAACGGUUCGGAACUUAAAUUAAACAUUUCUUGUCAGUAUUUGUAUUAAAUAUUAGAAUUAUGCAUUGUAGCUUGCAGUUUUUUAAGUAGGUUUUGUGUCAUUCCAACUUAAAUGUCGCUUUUAUGUUGUAGGUAAAAUGCACAGACUUCCGAUAUUCCAACGCGUUUUUGCUUUGCUAAACACAUGCUAAAUGCACAUAAAAUAAGGUUUAAGAUUCAAUUCAUACUACCGCAGAGUCGUAGUCGAAAUGUAGAUCUGAAAGGUCACAGCAAAUUCACCCUUACGUCCAUAGCAAGUAACGCACAUAUUUCCUGAGAUCAAAAUAUUUUUUCUCACAAGGAAAAAUGUGCAAUACUUAUUAAGAGCUAAGGUUAAAUUUGCAAUGACACUUCAUAUUCAUACUUUUACACACUUCGACUGUGUGUUAGUUAUUGAAUGCAUAAAGAAAAGAAAAAUAUUGCAAUCUUUGCUGCAAAUGUAAUUAAAUAAAAUCAAAAGACCCUGAUGUCUCAGCCCUAGGUAUAGGAACAACUAUAAUACAUUUCCAUUUCUAUCGAAACUAAAUGCGAAUUUAAUUUCCUAAUUAAAACGCAGCGUUUAUUUGUAACAUUUGUUUUAUGAUAUUAAAAUAAGUAUUUAUUUAGAUAGUCUUUUGUGUAAAUGUUAGGUAACACGACUCUUUUGGGACUAUCCAAUCGAAAUAAAGUAAUAAAUAUAUGAAAUUAAUACCCAUAUUUUGAUUUGUAUUUAGUCUUCUGUGGACUGGUGUGAACUGUCAAAUAGCAGCGAAAAGCAAACAGAACUAUCUUUGUUGUCAAAAUAAAGGUGUUUCCUGUUUGGCAGAAUGUCCAAGAAGGUCUUUUAACAGCAACACAAUUUGAAGCUUUAAUGCCUUCAGAAUAAAGUCAAAUUUGAAAUGAAAUUAGUUCCAAAAAAUCAGUCUCCUUACAAAGUAUUGAGACUGCCGAAAGAGGAUCGUGUUACCAAACGUUUAUUUGGAAAACGACACGAAAUAAAAAAAAGUAAUCCUAGUGAAAGGUUUUAUUAUCAUCUGAGAUUAUGGAGGUCUCGACGAGACCCUCCCAGAAGACUGGCGGUGCAAUGACAGAUGGUUUUAUGCACAAUGAAGUCACUAUUUGUACAAACCAUUCAACAGUGUAUGGCUAAUGCUAAUUAUGUAUGUUGUAAAACAUUUUUUUUUAAUUAAUUGUUUUUUUUGCUCACCUGUAUUUCUAGAUUCGCUUCUGUAAUUGGACUCAAUGGUGACCUUUAUUGUGUUGUGGUAACCGAAUUUAUUUAUUAUGGAAAUAUAUUAAUUAUUUGGAAUAUUUUUUUUAAUACCCCGUUUCCUUAUCUAUUGUUGUUUUUUACAUUGUGACUGUAUUAAUUGGAUUUUGUUCACAUGUGGUGCAAUACUGAACAUUCCAAACCUGGUUUGGUGCUUAUUGUAAUAGUAAAAUUAUUAUUAAUUAUACAAUGGAGUUUCAUUUAACGUUUCUUGCCUGCGCUCUCUCGUACACGAAAUUAAGGGCUUGCAUUAAAGGUCACUAUUAUUCCAACAAAUACAUUCUAAUAUAAACCAAAAACAUUCUGUAAUAAAGUAUAAAUUCAUAUCUUAGAGUACUUAACAGUUUAGUAAAUUCAAAUGGUAAUGAAAAUAACAGAAGUAAGAGCAUGGCUUUUCCUUUAACUUAAUAAGUAUUUAUAUCGAUUAAUUAAAUAUCUUUCAAUUUAUAACUUAUUAACGAAUAGCUUAGGUAUUAAUUAAUUUUAGCAACGUGUUUUUUGACAAACUUAUAAUUCGCACGCCUUUGUUUUUAUCUCCAUUUUGAAUUACUAAGAGUUCUGGCAGCUAACAAUGUGUGAGAUUUUAAUUAUAUUUUAAUGCAAUACCAAUUUAAUAUGUGAUGCAUUAUUUAUUCAAUAUUAAAAUUUAAAUUUGCAUAAAGAAAACAGCUUUUUUCAGUUCAUCUAAUAUUUUUUUACUCAACAUUACUUGACAUAAAUAAUUUUGUCAAAAAUCACAAAAGUAAAUAAAUAUGUUAUAAUGAUAAACUCAUUUGUAUGAUAGGGGUGGAGUAUUGGCAAGUUUUGAUAUGAAAUAUUUGUACAAGUAAAUGAUGUGGUUUGAAGCUAAAAGGCUGGAUUAUUGUCUAUUUUUAUAAGAGGGAUUAAAUGUUAGGUGGCUAAAAUGCAUAAUUAUAACAUAGACAUAUUAUAUUAUAUGUGAGCUGUGAAGGAUUUUCUUCGAUCACUUUAAACCGGAUCAUUUAGUGUUGCUCUAUCUAUAUAGUUGUUAGAGGAUAUUUCCGAGUUAUCGUGGUCGUCUAUUUAUACGUAUAAUAUUUAUUAUGGAUAGUAAUCAAGUAUUUUUAUAUAAUUGCAUUGUAAUCCUUGACAAAAUUCGUGUACCUAACCAACCAUUAUAAUAUUAUUAUUAAUUCUCGAUCCCAGAUAACUGUUGCUCAUUUAAUUUCUAUUUUUAACAUUAUUUUAUAUACUAGUCAAAUAACAGUUGGUUUUAUAUCGAUUAACGACUACCUACAUCUCUUUCUGUGAUAUAUUUUUUUAUGUAGAACAAAAUAAUUUCCUUGUGACGUGUUCUCAGCACCAUGUAUUAGCCACAUAACAUCCUCAUUAUAUAGGCAUAGACAUUGUUGUUUCCCGCUCAACUGUUAUCAGAAAGACAAAUUCCUUUUUUGUUAAAAUUUGUUUAGUUUAUAAAAACGCAACUUAUAAUUUUAUUCAUUAUUUUUCCGAUAAAUUAAAAAGUAUUUAUUAAAAUAGACUAUAAUAAAUAGUUGGCUGUUUAUUAAAACAAUGCCAUUUCGGUUGUAAUUAAUACAGUUGAAGCUAUAAGGCUUAGUGAUUAGUUAGAUUCUCAAAAUAUAAUUUUUGUUACGCUUUGCAAUAGGUUAGAUUCCAAUAUUUAAUAGCAAAAACAUUUUAGUUUAACUAUGUUAUUUAAAAGAAAAAUAUUACUAAUCUAUAAGCAAUGCGCGAUGGUCUAAUGGCCAAGAUCGAACGAUUAAUUUGUAUUUGAGUGUAUAAAAAGUAUUUAUAAUAAUAUGGAAUUUUAAAAAUUGUAAUAAAAGGCAGACAGUGGGCAUCCAUUUGUACUGGUGACAUGUUCGUUAUGUUCCCCAUCUCACUAUUUGGGUGUAUUUUAUUGGACAGAAGCUUUGUGGUCCAAAGAUUCAUACUAGAACCUCUAAUGGCAAUAUAAUGAAAUUCUAUACUCUCUAUUUCAUUUGGGAAGGGGAUUGUGACUUGGUAUUUUAACUAACUAGUGUUGUGAUUAAAUCGUAUUGAAAUAUCGAUUAUGGUUUUGAAUUAUCUAAACGGCAAACCACAUUAAUGCGAUUUUUCUGCACUAAAGUUACAGUAUGUACCUUUCCCAAAUGAAAUUGUGUGUAAUUUUAUCUACAUGUAUCUAAGAAUUUAAAAAAUAAACUUGUUGACGACAGUAACUAUCAGAAGAUACACAGAUGGCGCUCUCAGCGUAUUAGACUGUACCCCUCAUUCAAAACUUGGUUUUUGUAUAGAACAGUAAAGUGGUAUAAAUCUUUGGCUCCAAAACUUCAAUAUCUUAUCGCACACUCAUCUCUGUAAAUUUAUUUCCUUUACAGAGGUAAUGCAGUGAAAUAUCAACACUUAUUGUAGCGGCGGUUAUGUCUAAUGUAAGCUUAUAGGCGAUACUAUGUACAUAAUUUGAAUAAACUAGCAUGGAAACUGUUCUGAUCAA